GUAAUUUGUUUUCGUAUAAUUAAGCUGUGUUUGUUUUGAAUAACAAACAAGUGGUUGGGGCAAGAAUAAACGUUGACGUGUUGCGUCUUUACCAGCUCCCGCUGCCACACCUGGACUUCCCUUAAACGCGAAGCGCUGAGAGCGCUUUGCUGGAUUAACCGCCAAGCGUCUAUCGGGAUUUGUUGUUAUUAUUGUUAUUCUGACUCUCUGUUGACCCUCUGCGGCUGCUGCUGCUGAUCUGGCAUAGCCCGCGGUCAUUACCACAUCACACAUUAAACGCAAACGCAUACGCACUCACAUGUGCUGAGACAGAGAGAGAGAGCAUCAUUGUGACCACUUGCCUCCUGAUGAGCAGAAAGGAACCGAACAUGAACGGACGCAUAAUACGCAUCAAUCGGGUGCCAGCCGCCAUAACGGCCAUACUGCUGACCAUAAUGCUGGUAUACUUUCUCAACUUUCACACAGACGAGCGGCCCGCCAUUUACGGCAUGCUGCGCAGCGAUGACAAAGUGGAUAUGCGUAAGCUGCUCAUUGCCUCCAUACAGGCGGCGCAGCGCGGUGGGCUCGAGGUGCUGGAUGUGGCACGAACACGCCAGCUAAAGGAGCGCAGCAAGGGCAAAACACUCGAGGGUGUCAAUGAUCCCUUCACCGAUGCGGACGGUCGCUCGCAUUGUGUAAUGAAGCAAGGUCUCAAGCGCAUAUUUCCACGUGUGCAUAUAUUCAGCGAGGAGGACAAGGAGCAUUGCGCACACGCGCAUAGCUUUGAUCUGGAUCCCACGGUGCUGCAUGAAACUGCCAGUGUGCCAGAUUUGGCAGUUACGGCGCAGGAUGUAACCAUUUGGGUGGAUCCACUCGAUGCCACCAAAGAGUAUACAGAGGAGCUGUACGAUUAUGUGACCACAAUGGUGUGCGUGGCAGUGGCUGGUCGACCCGUCAUUGGCGUCAUACACAGUCCGUUUAGUGGCGAAACCGCUUGGGCAUGGGUGGGCCACAGCCGAUCCGAGUAUCUGGAUGAGCUCUAUCGCAAGCCACGUCUGGAUGCCGCCGAGCCAAUCAUUACCGUUUCACGCUCGCACACUGCUGCCGCCAAGGAUGUGGCACGCCAAGUGUUUGGCGAGCAGGUCAGCCUGCUGACUGCCGCUGGUGCUGGCUACAAGGUGCUGCAGGUGGUCGCCAGCAAUGCAACUGCCUAUCUACAUACGUCCAUCAUCAAGAAGUGGGACAUUUGUGCUGGCGAUGCCAUACUACGUGCUCUCAAUGGCGCCAUGACCACACUCAAAGGUGAUCCCAUCAACUAUGGUCCCAACGAAUCGCCGGUCAACAAGGAGGGUCUGAUCGCCAGCCUGGAUGCACAUGGCGAGUACUUGGAGCGUCUCUCCAAAUACUCAAACGAUCACAAGCUGAGGUAGUGCACGCUCUCCCGCUUGCAAGCUCUGGCAAACGUUCUCAAUCUAAACUUAAGCCCCAACAGUCGAAAACAAAAACCUGUUUUUUCUGCCAAUUGUUUUUUAUUUUAGGGGUCAUGAACCCAGCAAAAAUCUCUUGUCCAAAUAAAUGUAAGCAAGCC